CCGCCCUGCGGGGCUCCCGCUCGAUGCUGAUUCUCGAAGAAGAAGAAGAAGAAGAAGCGCCUGAUUCGUCUUCAAUUAGUUGCGGAAUUAUUGCUCUUGCACCCAAUCCAUCGAGCUUCUUCCUACGCGAUACCGGCCUCAUUGUCCCAACUCCUUCGCGAGUGCUUUUCUGGCACCCAGGUCACCAUUGGCCUGAAUCUCGGUCCUCACACUUGUUUUGCUGCUAUCGAGAUCGCGAAUCUCUGUGGAUCUCGCUCUGCAGCGCUGCAUAGUUCUCGGCUUGCAUCCUUUAAUUGCGAAAUUGGACCUCGCGUGACCUGCGGGACGUGGCCGUGGUCGUCAGUCUCUUUAGCCUCACGGUCGUUUCGUCGUGGAGGUUUGGGUGGCGCAUUUUCCUCUGCACGAUUGGAUUUGGUGUAUACUGUCGAGGAAUAUGCGCGAACUGCGAGUGGAAAGCUCUGGAUGUUUGUUCACUUUAUUUCAAUCUUCAGUUAAUUUUGAUCCAAUUCCUCUAACCAUAGUUCUGAAGUGAAGAAUGCUGUCACUUCAGUGUUUCAGAUUGUUAUUGAAUGUUUUUUCGGGGUUUGCGCAAGUUUUUGCUUCGACCAUGCUGAAGAACUGCUCUGAUGCGUGCUUGAGCUCUACAUUAUGACGCUCUUCAAAUGACAUUCUUGUUUCACUAUGAUUUGAUUUUACUGGUCACUGUGGAUUGGCCACGCCGACUAUUAUCAGCGACAUUUUAAUAUUUAUUGAUUUCGCCUCUCUAAUGCGAGUAUCUUCAAAAUCCUACUAUGUUCCGACCACCUUGACGAGAAUUAAAACCUCACGAAGGGUUAAGGAAUUAUCGAGACGGGCGUGCUUUGAGAACUGUAUUUCUGAGACAACUAUUGUUUACAGAAGUUGGUUGGGAUUUAGAUCUUGUUCUUGCGCACACUUAGAUCGAAAAAUUCUGCGACGUGAUUUGAUACAACAUGAUCGAAGGAUUGUCGCCCGCACAGACGGGCACGCUGACAGUGAUAAACCAAUGUGCCUCUGCACUCUCUUUUAUUGGGACAUUCUUCAUUGUUAUGUGUUAUGUCCUCUUCAAGGAUCUUCGGUCGUUUGCAUUCAAGCUUGUUUUCUACCUUUCACUAUCUGACAUGCUGGCCAGCCUCUUCAACAUGUUAGGGAACCCGGGCGAGGGAUUUCUAUGUUAUGCUCAAGGCUACAGUUCCCAAUUCUUUUCCAUUGCAUCAUUUUUGUGGACGACGACUAUAUCCUUCACUCUGCAUCGCGCAGCUGUGAAGCACAAAACUGAUGUUGAGGGAUUUGGCGCUAUUUUCCACGCCUAUGUUUGGGGCACAUCAUUGGUGAUGACCAUCAUACCGUUGAUCGGCAACGAUUAUGGACCUGCGGGGGCUUGGUGCUGGGUUCAAUCUGAAACAACUGCAGGGAAGGUGCUUCGUUUCAUGACAUUCUAUUUGCCUUUGUGGGGAGCCAUUCUCUUUAACGGCAUUGCUUACUUCCAAAUUAUCCGAGUUAUCAACAAUGCAACUAGCAUGGCGGCGGAAUUGUCUGAUAGGCAGCUACAAGUUCAAACGAGAGUUGACAUGAAGGCUUUGAAUCGAUAUGGAUACUACCCACUCAUACUCAUUGGCUCGUUUACUUUUGGAACCAUUAAUCGCAUCUAUGGUUUUGUGGAGGCCCAUCAUCCACUCUUUUGGCUUUAUUGUCUUGAUAUAGCCUCUGCCUCCUUGAUGGGUUUCUUCAAUUCCAUAGCUUACGGCUACAACAACUCAGUUCGUCGCGUUUUACGAGAGAGAUUGGACUUGGUGUGGCCCGAGAAGUAUCGGUGGUGGACAUCCGGAUUUACAAGACUAAAUAAUUCGAGCGAGGCUGAGAUGGUCCCUCUGGAAGCUGAUCAAGGCCCAUAAGUUGUGUCACUGGCCAUUUACCAUCCAAAAUUUGAGGUCUUUGCCUGACCUUGACACGAAAUUUCAAGUGCAGGAAUGUAAUACGCGGGACUUCGGCGAUGGUGUACGAUUAUUUUGAGUUUUUAUCAUCAUCUAGCUUUUAGACUGUUCAAUAAAUUGUUGGCCGGCACUUUCCUGAGCAGCAGAGAAUUAGAAUCUAGCAAAAGCAGAGUACUCACCUUUGACUCGAUAGUGAUAGGAUAGACUCGAGGGUGCCACUGCUUUAAUAUGGUGGCAAAUGUCUGCAAGGUGACCAUAUGACAUAGACAUGUGUGGCUUUCUGCACAGUUUUUGGAAUGAGAAUAGUUCCCUUCCUUUGGGUGUGGUUAUUAUUCCCAAUAACUACCUUUGUACAUCGACACAUUUAAUCUAAGAUCUAUAAAAAGCGUCGGCGGAAUCUGCUAUAUUUUGAGACGCGGUAACGAUAAA